UCUCCGUCCCUCUUCCAUCGAACCUCCUUUUCCGUUGGCUCUUCUCGGUGGGUGGUUCUCUUUGCGAUCUCCGGCGAUGGAGAUAGCGGCGAGCUCGACGCAGGGGGGACUGGGGUUGGGAGGGGCGCUGACGAUCGACGGGGGCGAAGCGCCAGAGAGGAGGAUGGAACGGCUUUUGAGGGAGAGCCCGGUGGUGGUGUUCAGCCGGCCAGGGUGCUGCAUGGCCCACGUCAUGCGGCGGCUGCUGGAGGCGGUGGGGGCACACCCCACGGUGAUCGUGCUGGAGGAGGGGGAGACCGCGCCGGGGCCGGCGGCGGCGGAGGCCAUGCCCGCGCUAUUCAUUGGCGGGGCGGCCGUCGGCGGCCUCGAGGGGCUCAUGGCGCUCCACCUCGGCGGCGGCCUCGUGCCGCUUCUCCGAGAGGCCGGCGCGUGACGCGGCCCGUCCAAGGCCAAUAUUGUAAAUUUACGAUAUUUCCCUUCUUUUUCCUUCUAAAUUUGGGGGACUUGUAAGCCUCUUCCGAUGCUCAUCUUAGUUUACCCCGUCACCUCUAACUGCCUUGUGAGAGAAAGCUUGUGUGACUCACUUUUGGGGCCAUAGCUGGGUGAGUUCACAAGGCAGGUAGAUGAUGGGGUAAACGUCGGCGAGUAAGAAAAGGAAUUCAUGAUUGUAAAUACACGAGGGCGUCGUCGGGUGGCUUAAUAUGAAAUGGUGACAAAGGAAGGGUUUAAAGGGAAAAAAAGGGUUUAAAUCGUUUAAAGCGUUUAUUUUCCUAUAAAAUAUACGUAUUUUGGAUA